AUGAAUGGCGUGGCGAGCACUUCCGCCGCACUUCAGCCUCCCAUGGAACACCCUGAGAACGACGAGUCAAGGUAGGAAAAAAAUAAAAAAAAAGUUUUUUUUAAAAAAUUAAAUUUUUAAAGAUUUAAAAAAGAAUUUUUUUUGAAAGAUAAAAUAAGAUUUUCAAAUUCCAUCAAUAAGGUUUUUAGGCCAAAAAAUCGAUUUUUUAUUAUUUUUUCGAGUCAAGGUGGGAAAAAAAAUAAAAAACAAUUAUUUUUAAAAACUUUAUUUUUAAAAAUUAAAAAAAAAAAUUUUUUGAAAGAUAAAAUAAGAUUUUCAAAUUCCAUCAAUGAGGUUUUUAGGCCAAAAAAAUCGAUUUUUUUUUAUUUUUUCGAGUCAAGGUAGGAAAAAAAUAAAAAAAUAUUUUAAAAAAAUUAAUUGAAAAAAAUUAAAAAAAAAAAAAAAAAGAAAGAUAAAAUAUGAGUUUCAAAUUCAAUUAAUAAGAUUUUUAGGCCAAAAAGUCGAUUUUUUUAUUAUUUUUUUUAAUUUUAAAAAACAAUUUUUUCUCCUAAAAAAUCAAAAAAAUACUAACAAUUUUUUUUUAUUUUUUUUUGACUAUAUCUGCUCAUAUUUUCGUAUCUCAUUUUUAAUUUUUUUUUCACUAAUUUCCCCUCACUUUUCAGCCCAACCCCAACGCGUUCCUCCCAAACAAUCACCGGAUUUCCCCCAAUCCGGCCAACCCACUUCCAACGCCCGAAUCAACUGGUCGAUUCGACCAGACCCUUCCAAAACUCCAACUUGCCUCCAUUGCCUCAGACGAAGCCCGCCGAAUCGUCGCCGAAGCCGGCGACGCCGAAAAUUGGCCCAUACGAUGUGGAAAAGACGAUCGGAAAAGGCAAUCAUGCAGUUGUAAAAAAGGCCAGACAUAAGGUCACUAAAACUGAGGUAAGAUUUUUAUCUUUUUUUGAUUUUUUAUUUGAAAAAUCUAGGUGACAUUUUAUACGAAAAUUUUUGAAUUUUUCAAAAAAAAAAUUCAUCAGGGUGACAUUUUAUACGAUGAAUUUUGAAUUAUUCGAUUUAUUUAUUUUUUGGUUUUUAGACUAAAAAACGGUCGAAAAAGCGAUAAUUUUUUAUCAGAAUUUGUGAAAAUCCGUCAGGGUGACAUUUUAUACGAUGAUUUUUGAAUUUUUCUAUUUAUUUAUUUUUUGAUUUUUACCCUGAAAAACGGUCGAUAAAACGAUAAUUUUCAAUAAAAUUUUUUUUUAAAUUUAUCAGGGUGACAUUUUAUACGAAAAUUUUUUAAUUUUUCAAUUUUUUUAUUUUUUGGUUUAUACCCUGAAAAACGGUCGAUAAAGCGAUAAUUUUCAAUCAAAAUUUUUUAAAAUUCAUUAGGGUGACAUUUUAUACGAAAUUUUUUUAAUUUUUCAGUUUAUUUAUUUUUUGGUUUUUACUCUGAAAAACGGUCGAAAAAGCGAUAAUUUUUUAUCAAAAUUUUUGAAAAUCCAUCAGGGUGACAUUUUAUACGAUGAUUUUGAAUAUUUCGAGUUUUCCAAAAAUUGAUACUUUUUGAUACUUUUGCCUCAAAAAUGCAUUACUUUUAGCUAACAAAAAUAUUUUUUAGACCUUCUAAAAGAAAUUUUCGCGGUCUAACCUAUAAAAGAAGAUAAAAAAAAUUUUUUCAGGUAGCCAUAAAAAUCAUCGACAAAAGGCGAUUGGACCCGGAAAAUGUCAAGAAAAUCGAAAGAGAAGUAAAAGUUUUGCAAAGGAUAAGACAUCCGCAUAUCAUCAAGCUUUAUCAAGUGAGUUUUAAAAAAAUUUUUUUUUGAUUUUUUUGAUUUUGUAAAAAUUUUAAAGAUCUUUAAAAAUUAUUUUUAAUUAAUUUUAAUUAAUUAAAAAUGAGUUUUAUCGGUUGUUUCACCGAUUAAUUGCGCCCAUUUUCGUCCGCAGACUUUGUUUUUAAUCCCAAUUCAAGACGUCAUACGGGGCCGUGAAGAGACGGAGAAUUAGCUAAUGAGGUCACUAAUCCGAGCGUUCCUCUAGGCAGUUUUGCGUCAUCCGAAAAAUGAGGGAUUUACAUGUUUUAUAAAAAGGCUGGCGAGAAGGUUUUUGGAAUACCGUAGGUCGGAAAAUUCGAAAAAAUGAUGUUAAUGAAGAAAAUAAUAGAGAAAAAUUUUUGAUAUAAAUAAUAAAAAAAUAAAAAUGAAAAAGAAAAAAUAAUAUUCAAAAAUUUGUAUAACUUUAAAUUUUGUAAAAAAGCUAAAUUUUUAAGCAAAAUAAUUAAAAAAAAUAAAAAAAAAUAAAAAAAAAAUUUUUUAAAAAAAUAAAAAAAAUUUUAAAAAUUAUAAAAAUUUGCAUAAAAUAAAAAAUCUCUUUUCAGGUAAUCGACACUCCUUCAAUUUUGUAUUUGAUCACCGAAUACGCCCCAAACGGAGAGAUUUAUGACAUGGUGCAUAAUAAUAAACGGCUAACGGAAGACGAAGCUCGUCACAAGUUUUGGCAAAUCAUCUCGGCCGUCGAAUAUCUGCAUAAAAAUGGGAUUGUUCACAGGGAUUUGAAAGUAAGUUGGAAUUUUGAUUUUACUGGGGAAAAAAUUAAAAAAAAUUAAACAUUUUUUUGGAUUUUUCUUUUAUUUUUUGAGGACUUAAAAUUUAAAAAAAGAAUAUUAAUUUUUCGCUUGUUUUAAUUUUUUUCCUAUUUUUACAACAUUUAAAAAAAUAUUUUUUUGAAUUUUUUUACAAUUUUUUUUUGAUUUUUUGGAUACUAAAAAAAUAAAAAAAAUAUUAUUUUUCUGAUUUUUUAAAUUUUUUCAUUUUCUAUUUUUCCAAAAUUAAAAAAAAUUAAACAUUUUUUGGAUUUUUUUUUAUUUUUUAGUAUCAAAAAUUAAAAAAAUAUAUUAAUUUUUUGCUUGUUUUAAUUUUUUUUUCCUAUUUUUACAACAUUUAAAAAAUUGAAAAAUUUUUUAGAAUUUAUUUUUUUGAUUUUUUUAAUAUUUAAAAAAUAAAAAAAUAUUAUUUUUCUGAUUUUUUCAUUUUCUAUUUUUCCAAAAUUAAAAAAUUUUUUAAAUAUAAAAAAUCCCACCAGGCCAUUUUUGUCCUUUGUUUGUCCCUAAAUGUUUGGUCUACCGGAAUGUUGCAAAAAAUGUUUUGAAAAACGUCGGAAAUUGGUCUUUCUCCUUUCGCUGAUGACGCAGGGAAAGGGCGAGAGUUUGCAAAGGGAAAUGCAAUAAACCGAACCCAAAAUAGGCUACGGUAAAUUAACAAAGAAAUGAUUCAAUUUUGAAAUUUUUGAGAUUUGAAAAUUUUGAAAAAAAAAUAAAAAAAAAUAAAAAAAAUUUUUUUUUUGUAAAAUACGUUGAUUAAUUUUUUUUUAUUUUUUUUUAUUUUUUCAGGCGGAAAAUCUGCUACUGGACUCGAAUCACGAUAUUAAGCUGGCUGAUUUUGGAUUCAGCAAUUUUUAUGAGAAGGAGAACACUUUGGAUACGUUUUGUGGCUCUCCACCGUACGCAGCGCCCGAAAUCUUUGAGGGGAAACUGUAUACGGGGCCUGAAAUUGAUGUCUGGGUAAGUUAAAUCACUUUGUUCCAAAAAAAUAAAAAUUUUUUUUUUCAUUUUUUUGAAAAAAAAUUUUUUUUUUCCGCCAAAAAAUCAAAAAAAAGUUAAAAUUUUUUUGGAUUGCAAAGCGUCACUUAACUUUUUUUUAACCCUUUGAACCCAAAAUUUAUCUAUUUCCCUCUUUUUUCCCUCUAAUUUUGCCAUUUUCAGAGUCUCGGCGUGGUCCUGUACGUCCUGGUCUCCGGCGUCCUUCCCUUCGAAGGGAUCAACCUGCAAGCCCUGAGGGAUCGAGUCCUCUCGGGCCGGAUUCGCAUCCCCUUCUUCAUGUCCACGGAAUGCGAGCAGCUGAUCCGGCGGAUGCUCACGAUCAACCCCACGAAACGCCCGACCAUCGACCAGAUCAAGCGCCACAAAUGGAUGAAGUUCGAGGAGUUUGAGCCGCGCUACAACGUCGCCAAGUACCUGACCAUCGACUCGAAGGAGCCGCAUCCGCAAGUCAUGAAGAUCAUCCAGAACAUGGGCCUGAAUAUGGAGACGGUGGAGAACUCGCUGAGGACCGAGGCCUACGACAACUACCAUGGCGUCUAUUUGCUGCUGUUGGAGAGGCUACGCGAAAGUUCGCUGAAACUGCAUCAACUCCAAAUGUACGAGCAACAGAAGCAGAGUCAGAAGCGCAUUCAGGAGGUGCAGAAUCGCCGGCGACAAAGCGACGCGCCCCCACAGCCACGGCCCUUGUUGAAGGGGCUUCGCGAACAUUCCACCUUUCAGACCACCGACUGCAGUGAUGUGGCGCCAGAGGCUGUUGAAUCCGCCGAAGAGGCGAAACAGACAAAAGUUGUGGAGAAACCGCUAGCAGCGACAACUCAGGCGACUGUGAAACCAAUCAAUGUGUCAACAACCACAAUUACAACAACUUUAACCACAGUCCAGCCGAGUACAACCUCAUCGGGGCAUGGGACGAGCGAUGAGAAUGAUCGCUGCUCCACCCUGUCUCGUCAGUCGACCAUUGGCACUAUUGGCUCGAUUGAUGAAGGCGUUGAGAGUGAUACGAACGGGUCCAGUCAAAGUCGCGCCACCUUCUCAUCACGAGAACUUGACAACGAAGGCUCGGGAAACUCCCUGCUAACUUUCGACCCAAACUCCGUGGAGAACCCGGAUUUAAUGUCGAGCUUAAGCCUCAACUCUUGCCCAUCCAACGCCGAAGCCAGCCAGAACCUACGGCCCGCCAACCUGCCUCCCUGUUGCGUUAAAGCGUUGGCCGAAGAGCGCCAACUCCAACAGAACCCCGCAACCGCCACCAAUUCCACGGAGACCUCACCGUGCGCCUCGCCCCAACGCCGCUGCUUCGGCGAGGGCUGGCGAGCGUCGGACAACGCGAUGUUCGACUCGCUGACGCAGCCCUUCCCCACCGGCGAGCUGGGCCAAAAGUCGAAGGGCGUCCAGGACGUCUCGCGACCGACCGCCUCGCAUUUGGCGGACAAGAUGCGAAAAAUGCGGCUGACCGGGCCCGCCAACGUCGCCGGGAUUGCGGUGGGCGGUGGAGCGAAGAUGGCGGCCGCUGUGCAUCAUCAUCAUGUCCAUCCGCAUCGACAUGUCAUGCUGGGCGGUGUGCCGAAGCGCAUCUCGUUGCCGGAGAACCUGGAGUUCCAACCGCAAAUGCUGCUGAACUUGAAGCAAGCGAUUCACGUGGAAAAACAGUUGGGUGCCGAGAAGAGCGACACCAACAAAGUGCUGAAGGUGCGGAUGGCGCAACAACAGCAGAAGAGGCUGACCAAAGCCAGGAUGCAAAUGUUCCGGCAACAGGUAAGGAGAUGGAUUUUUGACGGGAAAUUUUUGGGGUUCAGGUCCGUCCGCAAAGUCGUUGGGGUGAUUUCUGCGACUUGCACUGUGCAGAAAACCACAAAUUGCACAGUGCAGUGUGAACUUGUGUUUUGCACAGUGCAUGUCUCCGGACUGAAGCGAUUUUUUGCACUGUGCAGAAAAGCUCAGGGUGCGAACGACAGCCCAAAAAAAGCCUAUUGCACUGUGCAAAGUCAACUUUUGUUUUUGCACAGUGCAUGUCGCCGGACAGAAGCGAUUUUUUGCACUGUGCAGAGAAACUCAGGGUGCGAGCGACAGCCCAAAAAACGUCUGUUGCACGGUGCAAAAAACAAGCAAUUGCACAGUGCAAAGUGAAGUUUUGUUUUCGCACAGUGCAUGUCUCCGGACUGAAGCGAUUUUUUGCACUGUGCAGACAGAUUCAGGGUGCGAGCGACAGCCCAAAAAAAGGCGAUCGCACGGUUAAAAAAGGCCACAAAUCGCACAGCGCAGAAUGAGCGUUUCUUUUCGCACAGUGCGUGUCGCCGGACAGAAGCUAUUUUUUGCACUGUGCAGAAAAGCUCAGGGUGCAAGCGACAGCCCAAAAAACGUCUGUUGCACGGUGCAAAAAACAAGAAAUUGCACCGUGCAAAGUCAACUUUUGUUUUUGCACAGUGCAUGUCGCCGAACAGAAGCGAUUUUUUGCACUGUGCAGAAAAACUCAGGGUGCGAGCGACAGCCCAAAAAAUAGACGAUCGCACGGUGCAAAGAGCAAAAAUUGCACCGUGCAAGGUGAACUUUUGUUUUUGCACAGUGCAUGUCGCCGGACAGAAGCGAUUUUUUGCACUGUGCGGAAAAACUCAGGGUGCGAGCGACUGCCCAAAAAAAGGCGAUCGCACGGUGCAAAGAGCAAAAAUUGCACCGUGCAAGGUGAACUUUUGUUUUUGCACAGUGCAUGUCGCCAAAAUCACUCCAGCGACGUUGCGAACGGACUACGACCCCGUUAUCGCCCUUUUUGGACACUCAUUGUCCCUCAAAUCUUUACAUUCCUCAUUUCCAGAACCUGCAGAGCUACCAGAAACAGGUCGCGUUGCCGGGCCCGUCGCUGAUGAGUCGGCUCAGCGAAGAGCCGCCCUCCUCGGCGCCGCUCUCGCCCAUCGAGGAUCUCAAACACGAAGAUGCCAUGGACACAUCGUAG